AUGAGUGGAAAAACCUUAUUAUCCUCAACCUCAAGCACCCAACAAACAGGUGAUACAAGCAUGACAAGCAAGGCAUUCGCAGGAGCUGGAAACCUUAUCAAGCUCCUUCCAACAGGUACUGUCUUCCUGUUUCAGUACCUAAGCCCUGUUCUCUCCAACAAUGGUCACUGCCACACCAUAAACAAGUAUCUAACUGGCAUUCUGCUUGUGGUAUGUGGAUUCAUCUGCGUCUUUGCUUCCUUCACCGACAGUUACACCGGCAGCGACCAAAAGAAGCACUACGGCAUCGUAACCACCAAGGGACUGUGGCCAUCUCCGGCGUCCGAGUCGGUUAACUUGUCGGCGUAUAAGCUCCGGUUCGGGGACUUCGUGCAUGCUUUGACUGCGUUUAUUGUGUUCGCUGUUUUGGCGCUCCUUGACACCAAGAUAGUACAGUGUUUCUACCCGGAAUUUGAGUCAUCUGAGAAGGUUCUGAUGCAGGUUCUGCCAGCAGCUAUUGGGGCAGUUACUAGUGCUGUGUUCGUUUUGUACCCUAAUAAUCGCCAUGGAAUUGGAUACCCUGCAACCUCUGAGCCUAACGAUCCUUCCUCACAAAAGUCUCAGGCAUAA